AUGGCGACUGAGCCUUCGUUUGACGACCCUAGAUACAGCCGGGAAUAUAUUCUCCCAGGCAGCAUUAUUCAGGGGCGAUCGGAGCCAUUGAAGAUUACGUACGCCGAUUAUGGCUACCGCAACGAAGAGCACCCUGAAGAGGAGAACGUCUUUCUCUUCUUCCCUCCUUUGCUCGGAAGCCGCUGGAUGCACACAGCCAAAGACAACCUGGCCAAGAAGUUCAAGGUCCGCAUCAUCAACGUUGAGCGGCCAGGCUACGGCGGCACGGAUGAAGUUGAAGUGCAGGACCGGCUCCGAGUUUGGCAGGCGGCUAUACCGGCGCUCCUGACGCAUUUAAACAUCAAGCACGUCUCAAUCGGCUGUCACAGCGCAGGCACCGUCUACGCGCUCGACUUCGUCCUGCACCACCCCGAGUUUCUACAUCCAGAGCGUCCCCAUCUCGCCAUUGCCGGGCCCUGGAUCCCUCCCACGCAGUCAGGCGUCAUCUCCAUGCGCAUCACCCAGCGCCUGCCCGGCGCCGUGAUUGGCCGCUCCGAGGCGCUGGCGCGGUUCAUGCGGAGCACCGUCAACCCGGCCAUUGGCGCCUCCGUCUCGGCCGUGUCCAGCAUUCUCGGCGUCGUGGCCCGCAGCAUCGGCACGGCGGCGACCCCAUCCGCGAGCGAUGGGCCCGAGACGGACGGCGAGAUGGAGAUGCGCCUGCGGCCGACGCUCCUGUCCAAGGCCUACAGCGAGAACUUGCAGGGCAUGGGGACCGACGCGGUGCUCAUGAUGCACAAGGUGCCAGACGCCAGCACCGGCGGGCUCGUCGCCGGCUGGAGCGACUGGGGCGACUACGAGGCCUACGUGCCGCGGCUGGUCGAGGCUCUGCGCGCGGCCGGGCGGAAGCUGACCGUGGACGCCUUUCACGCCGAAACGGACUCCAUGGUGGGCGACCAUGGUGAGCAGGGCCCGACGUGGUUCGACGCGUGCUGGGCGGCGGACCGGUGCGGAGACGGCGUCAUCACGUACAGCGCAAGCUGCGUCGACGAGGCCGAUCACGACCUGGUGUGGAGCAUCAAGUUUGGAGUCCCUGAAAAGGUUUUUACAAAAAUUGGUCGCAGAGACGGGAACGAUGAGAAGCGUCCAGAGGAUCCCGCGGUCGAAACGUAG